AUGAAGCAACUUAUCAUAUCAGAUAAACUAUCGGAUAUAUCGUCUUAUGUUAACGUCUAUCCCUACAAGAAAAUGUUGAGUAGGUUAGGCGAUUUCCCCCAGUUAGAGAAACUGGCCAUCAAAAGAUUCACGAGCAGUGCUUUAACAGAAUUGGAUUCAUUCCUUGAUCGUUGUGCUCGGCUAAAUGAGCUCAGCAUCACUUUGUAUCCAUCUCUCUCUGAUCAUAAACUAAAAACCACUCAAAUAAAACAAAUCCAAGGUAUCACUCGACUUGAAAUAAACGCAUUACUGUAUUCAGAAGACGUUCUUUGUUACAUCGUCAACAAGUUUCCAAACGUCAAACACUUCAAACUCAAUACAGUCCAAGAGAACAACGUAACAUGGUCUGCACGGCAAAAUAAACCUUUUCUGAGUCUCAAGACACUGGAGAGAUUUGCUGCUUAUCUGAAAAACAUGCAGACGUUUGAUGUCGACAAUCUGUUUCUUCAAAACUUGAGUAAGGCAAUACCCAUUUUGCAAACCAAGACAGCCAAUGAUGACCUUACGCUUGAAUUCACUUUUACCAAUGGAUGUCAAAACAAACUUCAGUUGGUGGGUGGAUCCAACCCAUCUCACGAUAUGCGCCUUAUUUUAAAAAUAGUCGAACAUACUACCAGUCUGUUGAACGCUGUUCGAGAAAUCACAGGUUCUCUUGUCAAACUAGAAAUCAUAUGCCACAAAAUGCCCUUGAUUGAUUAUACAGAGGCCAAUGAAGACUUUAAACGAUUUUGGCAUGGUUAUUUUCUGCAAGACAUUUUUGAGUCCUGUCAUCACCUGCAUCGGCUAUUGCUUGCCAAAACCACAUUAGCCAAACUCAGUCCUGAUCUGGGCAUACAAGACUCGAUCCAGACCUUGGGCCUCAUCAAGGUAGAGUAUUAUCCACCUGCACUGUCUGAACUUUCCCGAUGUCUUCUUCGUCUGCAGCUUUUCUCUAUUUAUGACUUUACUGUCUGCGAUCAGGACGGGACAGUGAUGGACAGCUCUGAAAAUAAUUUCUUUAUCAAAGUGCCACAUACUUAUUUAAAGGGCAUGAUUUUUGGCAGCUCAAAGAAAGGAUAUGAUAACCAGUUCUUUUAUCUCAAGUUGAGUAUGCCCGAAAGAAAAAUUAUUUAUCAAUGUGGCAAUGAAACGAUAGAUGAAACAACGCGAGUUGUGUUUGCAAAGAUGGAAAAGAAAAAGAGGACAUUGACGCUGCAUAUACGCGCCAAAGGCCUAGAAGAAAUUCAAGUGGAUUCACAUGGAUUUAAGAAUUUUUAUACACUAUCAUAA